AUGACAGGAGAUAGGGAUUUUCUGGUAGAACAGAGAAGUGUAUUGCCAUGUUCUGUGGGUUUGCCGAAUGGGAAACAGAGUCUUAGUAGAGAGACUGGAACAGUUGUGUUUGAUGAGGAUUUUAAGUUGAUAAACAUGCUGUUUGUGCCAGAUUUGAAGUGUAAUUUGAUUUCAGUGUCUCAGCUUAUUGAGGAUUUAGAUGUGGUUAUGCAAAUUGCUAACAAGGGCUGUGUGGUUCAGGACCGUACAACGAGGAACCUGAGUGGAGUGGGUGAGCUUCGAGAUGGGCUUUAUUUCUUCCGUCGCUUAACAGAGUUUAAUGCUUUCCGUUUGAAUAAGGACGAGGCUGAAGAUGUGUGGCAUCAAAGGCUAGGACAUCCGUCCAAUGGUGUUUUCGAUUUGCUUCCUGUAGUUGGCAGUAGGGUUAAGGAUUUUUCUACUUGUAGCACUUGUUUCAAAGCAAAACAAUGUAGAGACAUGUUUCUUUCAAGUAAUAAUAAAAGCGACGGAGUUUUUGAAAUGAUUCAUCUUGAUUUAUGGGGACCUUAUCGUAUAGCAAGUCUCUGCAACUCUUAUUACUUUCUCACAAUAGUCGACGACUACUCGAGGGCAGUUUGGGUGUAUCUAUUACACAGCAAAGCACAAGUGGGACAGUUGUUGCGUCAGUUUCUUGCUAUGGUUGAUCGGCAGUUUAGCAAGAAGGUUAAAGUAGUCCGGAGCGACAAUGGGACAGAAUUUACUUGCUUGAGCAAUGAAUUUCGUGAGGCUGGUAUCUUGCACCAAACAUCUUGUGUAGGUACACCUCAACAAAAUGGGAGAGUAGAGAGAAAACAUCGCCACAUUCUCAACGUUGCUCGUGCUAUAUUGUUCCAGUCGUCUCUGCCGACUAAGUUUUGGGGAGAAAGCAUCUUGACAGCUGCUCAUUUGAUCAACAGGACGCCUUCUAAGCUGCUUAAAGGAAAGACUCCUUUUGAGUUACUUCACGAAAAACCACCAGAAUAUGAUAACUUGAAGGUCUUUGGGUGUUUAGCUUUUGCUCACAAGAAGAAGCGAAGUGGAGAUAAGUUUGAGGCACAGAGCAGGAAGUGUGUCUUCGUGGGUUAUCCUUUUGGAAAGAAAGGGUGGAACUUAUUUGACUUGAAAACAGAAGAGAUUUUUGCAUCUCGAGAUGUAGUGUUCGUAGAAAACACUUUUCCCUUUGCAGAUAUCAGUUGUGAGAAUCAGAGGGAUGAUUGGAGAGCUAUGGGCGAGCUUGAUGAAGCAGUAGAGGAAGAGGAGUUACCUCGUUUGCCUGAGAUUUUACCGACUGCAGUUUCUUCAUCACCUGCAGUUUCUGAGGAAUUGAUUGAGAAAGAAGCUGAUACAGCUGCUGUUGCAGUUGAUGUAGUUGAUGUUUCAACUGAUAAUGUUGGUAGUGUUGGAAUGAGUGAUGUGGCGGUUGCCAAAGUGGCUGAUACAGCAAACGAUGUGGAGGAACUUGGUCGUGGUUGUCGAGAAAAGAAGGUUUCCACGAGAUUAAAAGAUUUUGUUCUAAACACUGUCGUGGAUCCGGAUGAUCCGACUGAAAUAACGGUGGAGUUUGAAGAUGAAGUGGAUGUUGAAUAUCCACUGUCCCAUUAUCUUGAUAGCAGCAAGUUUUCGCCUAGUCAUAGAGCGUUUCUUGCUGCAAUCACGGCGGAGACAGAGCCGACUCUGUUUCGAGAUGCGGUGGUAUAUGAAGUAUGGAGAGGGGCCAUGAAGGUUGAGAUUAAGGCUCUUGAUGAGAAUCACACGUGGGAUUUGGUGAAACUUCCUGCAGGAAAACGAGCCAUUGGAUGCAAGUGGGUUUAUAAGAUCAAAUAUCGAUCGGAUGGCUCGAUUGAGAGGUAUAAAGCGAGGCUAGUGGUUCUCGGAAACAGACAGGAGGAGGGAGUUGACUUCAAAUAG